AUGUGGAAAAGAAAAUUACUAAUAUUGGUGAAGGUGUUUCUGCUGAUGACAAUGCUUGCCUCGGCAACGCAGGCAAAUUCUGAUGCUGGCAAAACUAUUAAAACGUUAACACCGAAUGCCAACAUUGCACGAGAGCAACGUCCCUUAUUGGCCAAUUCCAAAAUAAAAGUUCAUAUCGAAUGUGAGGGUCGUGAUGGCUUAGAUGUAAACAUUGAGUGGCAAUUAUACGAGCGCCAAUGUUGGACGGACAAGCGCAUGUAUGAUAUACAAAAAUAUGAUAUAGAAGAAAAUUUGCCAAUGCAAAAUAAAUCGGAAUUUGGUUUCAUCACUAUGGACUCAAAAACUACCGAAUGUUCAACGCAUCCAAUUUUGUUGUCGGAAAAACAAUGGCCGGUGCAAGAAACGGCAGCGUCUGGCAUGGCAGCGUUAUCACCAGAGGCAGCUGCUUUGGCAUCGGUCAAGAAAAUGAACAAUACCAAAAAACAUCCCACAGCGCCAUUAGAUAAAAACAUCAUCACCAUUGGCAGAGAUGGCAUUUAUGAAUUGACAUUGAAAAUUGAAGCUGUCAAAAGUUCAGAGCCCGUAGAUUUUUCCGCACAUGUACAACUGGACAUUGUUGGUCCUGAUGGCGGCUAUCUUUCUGCGAUUGAUCAUCCACUCUUGGCGUUCUACGGCAUAAUGUGCGUCGUCUAUGUAAUUUUCGGCAUUAUCUGGCUCUUUGUGUCAUUCAUGCAAUGGCGUGACCUUUUGCGCAUACAAUUCUGGAUUGGCGGCGUAAUAUUGCUUGGCAUGCUGGAGAAAGCUUUCUUCUAUGCACAAUACUAUAGCCUGAAUACCACGGGUGUACCGGUUGAGGGCGCCGAAUUGAUGGCAGAAUUUGUUUCCUGCGCCAAACGCACACUAGCACGCAUGCUUGUCAUCAUAAUGAGUCUGGGUUUCGGUAUUGUCAAACCUCGUUUGGGUCCAAUGCUUCAUCGCGUGGUUGGCGUUGGCGCGCUGUACUUUGUCUUGGCUUGCGUUGAAAGUUACUUGCGUGUGACUAGCACGAAAACCGAUGAACAGUUGGUGGCCGCUAUACCGUUGGCUGUGCUGGACACAGGCAUCUGUUGGUGGAUAUUCACAUCGCUGGUGCAGACCACCAGAACGUUGCGCUUGAGAAGAAAUAUGGUGAAACUCUCAUUGUACAGACACUUCACAAACACACUGAUAUUUUCAGUACUUGCAUCAGUGAUAUUUAUGUUAUAUGCUCUGCAUGUGCGCAAGUCACAGAACUGUACACCAAUUUGGCGUAAUAUUUGGUUCGAUGCCGCUUUCUGGCAUAUACUGUUUUCGGUGUUAUUGUUGGUUAUUAUGAUUUUGUGGCGUCCCACAAAUAAUAAUCAGCGCUAUGCAUUUACACCGUUACUUGAUGCGCCCGACGAUGAGGACGAUGACGAGGAAGAUCAAUUCGUCGCCGAUGCGUAUGGUGUAAAAAUGCGCAGUUCGCAUGCAAAUGGCGGCACUAAAACACCACCAAAUGCACAGCGCGGCACAACGACCGAAGAGGAUGAUCUACGCUGGGUGGAAGAGAAUAUACCCUCAUCAAUGGCCGAUCCCGCGUUGCCGGUUUUAGAUUCGGAUGAAGAAAUCAUAAAUACAAGAUUCGAAGUUUCGAAAAUGCAAUAAAGCUAGACUAUAUAGUAAGAGCGAAAAAAACUAAAACAUGUAAAACCAUUUACAUAUAAGUACUAACAACAACAACAACACACACACACACACACACCUAACAAGAGAACAGAAGAAAAAUGUUGAUUUGUGAUUUUCAGUAUAAUUUGCUUGCUUAUAUACAUUAAUAUAUAUAUUUUUUAUAUCAGCUAUCACAUAUGCAUUGUAAAUGCUACAUUGUUUUCUCGUUUGAUGUUUAUUAUUGAUUAUAUUUUAAUUGCGUGAAAAUAAAAUUUUUGUUUGAUUCAAGUGAAUGUUAUAAUAUAAGCAGCUAAAAUAUGUUUAAAAUAUGCACAAAUUAACUAAUUUAAGUUUACACUAGUUCUAAAUUAAAUAAUAAGUUUCUAAUUGUGCUUUGUUAUUUUUUUCUUUUUUUAUGGUUUUUUCGGUAUUAUUAUAAAAAUUGCUUUUUCACACAUUUAAAGUAUUUUGGAUAUGGUUUAUUAUUUGGUGUCUAAUAAAUAAGUAGUUUAUUUUCAACAAAUGUGUGUUCCUCGAAAACUAGUAAGAAAAUUUCAAUAUAUAAGAAAAACAAUAAUUUUAACUUGUACACAAAUUAUUUGACGUAAACCAGAGAAAUAUAUAAGCAACAUGUAAAAUAAAUAUGAAACCCACAUUUUAUACGUGUACUAUUUAGAUGUAAACGCUUAUUAAAUCAUUAAUAACAAAUUAUUUGUAAGUUGUAGAUAACAGUAACGCGCUGCGGCACUACAUUUAUUUCUAGUUAAUAAACGCACCACAAAAAAGCUCUUAUAAACAUACAUACAUACAGUUAUUCUAUAUGUAUGUAGUAAUAAACAAUUACUUGUAAUUAACAAUUCGAGGGCCAUUUUUAACCAACACAUUCAUAACUGCAAGCAUACACAUAAGUAUUGUUGUAUAUAGUUAAGAGUUAUGUAAUUAUUAUAUUUUGUUUGUUUAGUUUUUCAACUGAUGCAUAUUUUAAAUAUUAUAUGAAAUAUCUAAUUAGUUUAUUUAGUGUGCGGAAAAAGAUUUAUAAACAUUUGCAAUGGAAAUAAAAAAGAAAAAAAUAAAAAAUAAAACUCGCCAACUAAAGUCAGCUUUCGUUUGAACUGACGUUCUAUACAAAAUAAAAUUAAAAAA